ACACAGUUAAAAAACUUCAGGACCAGAAGCACGACAUGGAAAGAGAGAUAAAGAAUCUUCACAGGAGACUCCGGGAGGAGUCAGCAGAAUGGCGUCAGUUCCAAGCUGAUCUCCAGACUGCAGUGGUUAUAGCAAAUGAUAUAAAGUCUGAAGCCCAGGAAGAGAUAGGAGACCUGAAGCGCAGAUUACAUGAAGCUCAGGAGAAAAAUGAGAAGCUCACUAAAGAGCUGGAGGAAAUAAAGUCACGCAAGCAGGAAGAGGAGCGUGGUCGAGUGUACAAUUACAUGAAUGCUGUAGAGAGAGACUUGGCAGCUCUGAGACAAGGAAUGGGCCUGAGUCGCAGAUCAUCCACCUCCUCAGAGCCAACUCCUACUGUAAAAACACUCAUCAAGUCAUUUGACAGUGCCUCCCAAGUUCCAAGCCCUGCUGCUGCUACAAUUCCUCGCACUCCCCUCAGCCCAAGUCCCAUGAAAACUCCCCCAGCUGCUGCUGUGUCCCCUAUGCAGAGACAUUCUAUAAGUGGACCAAUCUCUGCUUCAAAACCCCUUGCUACACUGGCAGACAAAAGACCAAGCUAUGCUGAAAUCCCUGUUCAAGAACAUUUGUUGAGAACAUCUUCUACCAGCAGGCCAGCAUCUUUGCCAAGAGUACCCGCUAUGGAAAGUGCCAAAUCUAUUUCUGUCUCUCGAAGAAGUAGUGAAGAAAUCAAGAGGGAUAUCAGUGCACCUGAUGGAGCAUCUCCAGCAUCUCUCAUGGCAAUGGGUACCACCUCACCACAGCUCUCACUCUCAUCUUCUCCUACAGCAUCAGUCACCCCUACAACCAGAAGUCGAAUUAGGGAAGAGAGGAAAGAUCCUUUGUCUGCCCUCGCAAGAGAAUAUGGAGGAUCCAAGAGAAACGCCCUGCUGAAGUGGUGCCAGAAAAAAACAGAAGGCUAUCAGAAUAUUGACAUAACAAACUUCAGCAGUAGCUGGAAUGAUGGCUUGGCUUUCUGUGCAGUCCUCCAUACUUACCUCCCAGCCCAUAUUCCCUAUCAAGAACUAAACAGCCAGGACAAGAGAAGAAAUUUCACUUUGGCUUUUCAGGCAGCUGAAAGUGUUGGCAUCAAAUCUACUCUGGACAUCAAUGAAAUGGUGAGAACCGAGCGUCCAGACUGGCAGAAUGUCAUGCUGUAUGUUACAGCAAUUUACAAAUACUUUGAAACCUGAAACCCUAAUAAUGCAACAGAUCCAUGGGAUACAACCGACAUGAGCUACCAGAUGGAAAUCAUACUGAAAUGCUAAUCCCCAUUUCACUGAAAACUGGCAACAUUUGAGUCCCCUCAAACUACAGUGACAAUAUACUGGAUUGCCUCAGAUUGCUUCAGCUACUAAGCCUGGAAACAACUGUUUAAAAGCAAGAACUUGUUGCCACAGUGUUUGUAAUAACCCAAGUUAUUAAGCUAUUCAGACUAAUUAUGUAGCCUAAAGAGCCUGGACUAAUUCUGUGCUGUCUUCCCAGCCAGACUUCCUGAAGUUUUCUUUCCUAGGAGAGUGAGAUGAAUGGAUCCUCUAGCAUAUAGGAGACUGAAUGUACAGUUAAAGCUUUGAGAAGGAAAAGGAUAACAUGGAUAAAAGGAUCAUAUUAAUGAACUUCCUGUAGCAUCUUGAUACCACAGAGUCUGAAUAUUCUUCCCAUGGCAUAUGGCACCC